AUGUUCUUUGAUUCUACAGCCAAUACCCCAUUUCAGCGCUUUCUGAAGAUUGUCUAUGCUUUCCGUCUCAUUGAUUAUCUUGUCUGUGUUGUGAUUGGCAUUGCUGGGUGGCUUAUUGGCCGAUUGGUACGGCCGUACUGCAGACCCUUCUCUUGGAAUGAUACCUCUAUUGCAUAUCCUUACGGCGGCGCAGGAACUUUUCCCUCGUGGACGUUAGCACCAAUUGCUAUCCUUCCAUGUGUAGUGUAUGUUGUGAUGGAAGUUGUUUCUGCUGUCCAUUCAAAGAGCGGCGCGUCCGAAUCCUUUAUCUUGUCAGAAGACGAUAUUAAUAACAAUCAAGUAAACACAGCUACUUCAUCAGAUGGCACGACAAGGCGACGGGGACAAACUGGAUCCCGCGAGAAUGUAUCUGCUGAGACAGAGGAAGCUGCAGUGGGUGAUGUUGUUAAGCAAAAACGAUGGUAUAUGGUUGUAGAAGUAGCAAAUCAUUGGGUUCUUGCACAAGCCUUUUCUGUUACAUUGUGUCUACUUGUUAUAGAUACUACUAAACUAUACGCUGGACGAUUACGCCCGGACUUUCUUGCAAGAUUAGAAAACGAAGGUUAUAACUCAUCUUCAAUAGAUGUGGAUUGGUGUAGUUUGGCGCGUGAAGGAAGACUCUCAUUCCCAUCUGGACACAGUGGAAUAGCUUUUGCAUCUAUUGUCCCAUUGGUUAUCUAUCUUUUGGGCAUAUUACGGGCAUUAAGUGGACGUUCACUUUGGCGUGGAGUAGUAAGCCUUAUUCCACUUAUUCUGCCUAUAACUGUUGCUGUAUCGCGUACACGUGAUAACCGCCAUCAUUUCUCUGAUAUAUUGGCAGGAAGUGUGAUAGGAACUUGUUGUGCCAUUUUUUCAGUAAAAUGUCUUUUUACUUUUUCUAAUCGAAAGAAUAUUCCUUUACCAAGUCGGUUGCAAUAUGGUUCUAAGAAAGAAAAUUGGUGCCCUGGAAGGGGAACAGUCUAA